GCAGCAGAGACUUGUUUCGUUUCUAGGCAUUUGAAGCUGAAAAAUCAAAUAUGGAUGAGGGCAUGUCAGGGUUUUGCAUUAAAGCUGCGAGUUUUCGCGGCAGUGGUGGUGGUGGCAAUGGCAAUAAUAAUGGAACCAAGUGCGGGCGUUGGAAUCCGACUACUGAACAGGUUAAAGUUCUAACUGACCUGUUCAGGUCUGGACUCCGUACGCCGAGCACUGAUCAGAUUCAGAAAAUCUCCUCUCAGCUAAGCUUUUAUGGAAAGAUCGAGAGCAAAAACGUUUUCUAUUGGUUUCAGAAUCACAAAGCCAGAGAAAGACAGAAACGCCGCAAAGUUUCCAUCGAUGACAAGGAUUUCACUCGUCGAGAUCAUGACAAGAUUUCUUCUCCAAAACAACUAAAUCAAGUUUCGGAGCCGGCGAGAGUGAUUGAGACCCUUCAACUUUUCCCAGUAAACUCCUUCGACGAAUCAGAAGCGGAGAAGAUGAGAUUUCAUGCAAACGAAUACUGCAAAGAGGCUACAGCUUUUGCUUACAGGGUUGGGACAGAAAUGGACCAUCCACCAUUGGAUCUGCGCUUAAGCUUCCUUUAAAUUACAGGCUUCAAUUGUUAUAAGAAAAAGAAAAAACUUCUAGUUAGCCAGCUUUAUAGUGUAGAGCCAUGGCUGUCAUUUGUAGAAUUUAGGGUUUAGCUGGUGGCAGGAAGAAGGGUGAACAGAAAGGGAGGGUGUGGGGGGAGAUAGCUUGGAGUGGAAAACUUUGUAGCUGAAAAUUUUACGUAGUAGUGAAAUUAAUUUUAAAGUUGGUUUAAAAUAUUGGAAAUUCUUGGACAUUCUCCUCUGCAUGUGCUCAGAAAACUUUGUUGUUAUUAAUUUCUCUGUGAUUUACUCUGUU